AUGAAAUAUCCAAAACGUGAGAUUAAUAGUGAACCAUUUAAAAAUCAGUUAGAUAUUAUUGAAAGAAUAACAAUUGAAAUUAAACAUCAAUCAAAUAAUCCAAUAUUUAAAACUAAUCAAAGAUUCACCAAUAAUCAAAACUAUAAUAGAUACCACCACCACCACAAUAAUAAUAACAACAACAAUAAGAACAAAAAGUAUGGUGGUUCAAAUUAUCAGUAUAAUAAUUAUGGAAAUUUUCAACCUGCUUUAAACGUAGAGACAACAACAACAAGUACAACUACAAGGUUAGAUUUUAAUAAUGAGAAUUUACAAUAUAAAUUAGUUGAUAAAUUAUUUGAUCCUUUUAAACCGGUUGAAUUAGAUUAUGGAUCAAUGAAUACUAAUAUAUGGAGAAGUAAUAACGAUACUACUAAUAAUAAUGGAUCGAAUGGUAAUUGUAUUUAUUAG